CAUAUAUUAUAUAUGCAAGGAUAACUUAGCGUAUCAUUUGAAGCUUGAUGAAAAACGUGAUCAAAGCUGUGAAGAAACUCAAGUUGUGGUCCAAAAAGAAAAGGAAGAAAAAGACCCAUGGCCAUGAGCAUCCUCCUCACUAUUGCUGCAGCUGCUAUUGUUCCUCAUCCAUCCAACCAUCAGCUCCACCCUUACCUUCAUCCUCAUGCCUUGAUUUUGAAUACAGCAACUAUGGAACAUUCUUACCAACCCCGGAGCCGGAGCCGGAGCCGGAACCGCAACCACAAGAGAUUGCCAGCCUAAACUCAUCGUAUCAGCAAUAUAUGGUAUCAGUUUCGGAACCUGUUUAUGGCAUUCCAGUCCCGGUAAUUCAUGCAUCUCGAACAGAAAGAUCAGCUGGUCAAUUUGGAUGUCUUUUUAGCUUUGGUUCUUAUUUGUUCCGCUGCUUAUUUCCAUGUUUCUACAUCCGACAAGUAGUUUGAUUACCGCUUUCGCAACUCAUGCAUGCUCCUCUUGUUGAUUUUUAUGUACCACCCCAAAAAUUUAUGCAUCUUUAAGUGCUUGGAGAUCAAAUAUAGAAACCCUAAUUAGUGUAAAUGGUAAAGGUUGUAAUAAGUACUAGUUGCAUCACGUGCAUUAUUUCAUCCUUUCACUUGUUGGAUUAAUCUUUUAAUAAAACCUGCUUAUAAUGUUUGUCUGCUUAA